CAGCGCGCCCGCCUCGGGGCGCGGCGCUGUUCCAUCCGCCGCGGAUUCUGUGACUAACAGCAACAGCUUCUCACACUUUGUCCUCGGACGGUUAAUUACGUCUCCAUCGCCCCUCUUUGGCACUUUUCUAGCGCAGAUUGCAGCCAGGGGUGCUUGAGUGGAAUCCGGGGAAAGAAAAAGCUUUUUCCUCUUUUUCCUCCCUCCUCUUCCACUCUUUCUCCCGGUCUGUGUGUGCGCGCUCUCCUGAUCCUUCUGACACCUCACCACCUGUCUGGGACGGCCCUCCACCUAUAUAGAGCCUCUCCCGAUCCCAUCCUUGUCACCAUGUCGGCCGCCACCCCCGUCCCGCUUGCUAUCCAGAAGCAACCGCUUCCUCAAUACUCUACGGCAGUCUCUGGAGACGCUUCGCCUAUUGAGGGCUCCUGCACGGCUUCCCCUCAUUCGUCCGCCUGCUCCUCGUCCCAGAACUCGCGGUCGAGCAGCCGUCGUCGGGAGUCAUUUGGCUCCAUUAAGGAAGACGUGGAUGGCAUCGCACAAUCCUUCGUUGAUACCCAUCUGGAAGAUUCACCCCAAGAGCCACCCAAGCGCAACCCUCUCGAAAUGCAGCCCGACUUCUGCUGCCCAUGUGGCGGCUUUUUAGGAUGGAAGCAGAUCCGACUGGGCGGCAAGAGUCUUAGUCGAAGCUACAGCGAUCUCCGUGGCCUGGGAAAUAUGCAGGCGCGCGGCUGGGCCUGGGAUUCGACGCCACCCGUUGUCUCUCCCCCUAGCAAGCCCGCACCAGUCGAAGAGAAAGAAGUGCAGCAGCUGCAGGUCCCGGAGGAACCGAAAGAGGUGGUGGUGGAGCAGAAGCCCGCUGCAGGAACAUCUGCUCUGGAAAGACUUCCCCCGGAGGUUCUUGAUCACCUUAUCUCUAUGCUCGCACUCGAUGUUCCCCCCAACGGAUAUACUCCACGUAAUGUCGAUCUGAUCGCGUGUCUGCUGACCUCCAAGACGUUGCACGCGGCUACCCUUAGUGUGUUGUACAGGAACAUGACGUUCCCCCACUCCAUCAUCUUCUCCAAAGCGCUCAACCACAUCGCUCGCUAUCCGGCUCUGGGCACCUUGGUGCGCCGCCUUGACUUUUCGCACUUCACCUCGGUUGGACUGGGACGCACCAAGCAGAUGAACGCGGAGAUCCAGAACCUCACCUCCAAGACACUCCUGCAGUGCCUCGAACUGCUGCCCAAUCUUAAGGAAUGCUUGCUCCAGGAGCAUGUCGAGGGCGAUAUUAGCUUGGAGGUGCUCCAGAAGCUGUUCACCGGACUUCCCAACCUGUUUGCUGUCGACUUCUGUGGUUGUUCCUCUCAGUCUUUCUCCGGUCUCUUCCUCGAGGCCUUGAUCUCCGGCCCCCCUGGUCUUCCCAUGACUUUGCCGAACUUGCGACGUGUUUCGCUUCACGAGUGCAGCAGUCUCCCGGCGGCUGCUUUUGAAAUUCUUCUGCCUCGUCUGAUCAAUCUUACCCAUCUGGAUGUUACGCACACGCAGAUCAGCGAGGAUGCAUUGUUCUCCAUUCCCCAUUCCGCCAAGAUCACCCAUCUGAGUCUGUCCCGAUGCAGCCGUCUGCGGGGCUCCCGGGUGGUCGAGUUCCUGUCUACUCAUCCCGCCGUGUACGACUCACUCGUGUUCUUGAACUUGUUGACUGAUCCCGCGCGGUCCCGGAUCCUGGAGGAGGAGGAUGUGCAGGCCCUUCUGCCCAAACUGCCGACCACUCUUCGUUCUCUCAACCUUGGCGGCGCCAAGGUCACCUCUGCCCACACCAAGGCUUUGGUACCUCUGACGAAGCAUCUGGAAGAGCUGGGGUUGAGUUCCUGCGAGCUCACUGGUCAGGAUAUCAACACGUUCUUCGUCCCACCCAAGCCUAACGGAGAGUCGAGCGCCAGCGAGCCGUGGGUCCCGUCCACGCUCUGCUACCUGGACCUGAACAGAGCCAACCAGCUGACGAUCGGCACCAUAUUCAACCCGAACUCGUGCGUCAUCCUUACUCCGCAGAGCUACCCGCUGCAGGUCAUCGAAUUCAGCGACAAGCUCAUCGCUCCCCUGCGCGAGCGGUCUCGUAACGCUCGCACCUCGCCGGGCUGGGCGGUGCGUGAGCUGGGCCGUCGGGGCUGGUACGUGCGGGAGAAAUCGACCAUGCCCGAGGUGAUGCCUGACGACGGAGCGCGGUCCUGGAAGAUGGGGGCGCGGUGGUGGGGUAUGCGGAAGAUCCCGGUGGCGGUGGGCGACGUGGGCGGUCUGUACGGCCACUACAUGUUCAAGAAAUGAUGCACAUCUAUUUUCUGACCGGUACUAUACCCUUU